GAAUUAUUCGUGCUCAACGAGUGGCCGCUGCACCGUCAGUCAGUACGAAGAAGCAAGCAUUUGAACCAUGGCCAAGGGACACCACCUCGCGCAAGAUGCAUUGAAGACCUGGUGGUCCAAGUACUCCUACGAGUCCGGCCGCGUUGUGCGCCAAUUGAGUCCGUUUGAGCAACGCCCCGUGGACUACCUCAUCCGCACCGCCCCCGAAAAGGCGCUCCGCAAGGUGCAAGAGAACUUCUUCCCCCUCGUGCCCAGCUUCUUGUUGUUGUGGGGCACCGUCGCGUGGGCUGUCGACGAAAACGACCGCCACCACCGCGAACACUGGAGCUAAACUGUGUGUCCCUGCCUGUGCAGACCCACAUGAAUUGCCCCCUGAUUAGACAGCAAGUAACACGACAGGUUUGCCCGCUGUGGAUGUUGAUUAACUCUCUCGAAUACAGUGCAGUCCUUCCUAUCGCCA